AUGGGCGCGGGCUUCGUGGUGGGAGUCCUUGGAUGCCUCAUCCUGUCCCAUGCUGCCUACUCCACCGUCCAGUGUAAAUCUCCUCUCCGAUCCCUCAUCCCCUCCGUAUGGUGAUUCUUCGCAUCCCGUUCUCGUCCCUUGACGUUGGUGUCUUUGGUAUGUGUUUCCUUGGCAGAUCGGGGCAUGCUGAAGAUCGUGGAGGAGGAAUUCAAUGGGCCGCCGAUAAGUGUGAGCGAUAUGAUCCUUUUAUCCUGUUUUUUGCUCAUCUGGCGAGGCUGCGCUGCCGUGCUGUCGAAUUUAGGGUUCAAUCUUUUCUGGUUGUGCCCCCCGCAGGUCGUGAUUGAGCUGCUCCUUGGUUUGGCGCUGUCGGUGUGGGCGGGGUUGUCCGCCCCGGGCAAGUUCCUUUCGAUACUCCCAGACUCAGACGAAAAUAGGUCAGCUCCUUUUCCUUGUUCAGAAUUCACGUCGAUUUGGAGUGUAGGCUAUUCAUUAGAUGGCCUUUAUUUUUUCAUAAUUUAUGAUGAAAAUUGGGAGAAUGUGGUGUGGAGCUGCUUGAAGAAAUGCAUUUACCCAGGUUCUGUGUUUGGUGUUUUGCCUUUUCUUUUCGGAGUACAGUCCACGGGAGGAAAGAUUGACCCACUAAACUAGUUCGUUUAUAAAUUUUCAGUAGAAAGAUCCCGCACUUCCUCAGAUCUCACUUCUCGUAGUCAAUUAUUUAAUGUGACAGCUUUUGCUGCACUUUUUCUGAAAAUCUUCCAGAGUCCUCUCGUCAGUUUUAUUUUCCAUUCAUCCCUAUUUUCUUUCCAUCCUUUACCUUAUAUUAUUUCUAUAAUGGAAUACAUCCGCUUUCUUACAGAUUUCUUACAGAACAUAAUAUGCAUCCGUUUACAAAGCUGGCUAGUAUAAGAAAAAAUAAAAUAACUUGCAGACUAGAACAAUUUCUCAAAAUGGGAUAUACAUAUGAAUAAAAUCUGGGCGAUAUGAACCAGUUGGUGUAGCUCCUAAACUGCUCUCUACGCCCACACUGCAUUCUGUUUCUCUAGUUUCCAUUACGAUUGCCUCAUAACUGUCUUUUCUCUCACAUAUUUUUCCUCCCGUCCGUUAUAUUGAGGGUUUUUGUCAUUUUUCUCUACCAUUCUAUAAAGGUUAUCCUCCACAACCCUUGGGAUCUGGAAGACUGAAGAGGAUGUUGUCCCCAUAGCUGAAUUUCACGAACGCAAUAUCUCAGCCAUUGACAUACUCAUGAUCCCUAGUUUAGUCUUAUUCCAUCCACUCAAGAUAUGACUUCUGAUAGAAAACAUGACUAUUUAUCUUUGCAUAAACUGUCAUUAUAUGAUUUCAUUGUUUUUUUUAGUGUUGUGCGAUUUUUAUUCUCUAUAAACUUGAAUUACGGAGAAACUCUCUAUUUCACUUGGACUUUUAGUUCCCCUCAAACUAUACACAUCUUAUCGUUUAAGCCUUCAAUUAAUUUUCCAUGAAUUACGAAAAAUAUUCGUGGAAUGUUUCAUCACUAUGUGAAUGAUUAUGCUUAUUUUUCUUUGAUGACAAUAAAUGAGGGUAACUAAUAUUCUUCUAAUCUGGUUCAGUAUUUACCAAUGCCGGCCAGUGUUAAAUCGAUUAUCUUUAGUGAUCUAUAACCGCAUAUCCUCUCAGUUAAUCAUCCAAUUAGUCUUCCGUUUGCUACAAUGAAAGUUUACAGAAAAUUUAAUUUCUUUUUGAAUAAUUAUGCUUUCUUUUCUUAGAAACAAUGAUUCUUGGGAAAAGGUAACUUAACCAAGUGAGGUUAAGUUAAUUUUCUCUAAGUUGGUUAAUAUUAACCAAUCUCAACCGUGACAGUGAAACAAGGGACUAAAUGGUAAAAUAUGUAAUGGUUGUGGGGACCCAAAGGCCCAAGUGAAAAAGAGAGGGGCUUGUUUAGUCUAUAAUUAAAGUGAUUUAUGGGGGGGUGAAACCAGGUGACUCCUUUCUUGAAUGGAAUAUUUUCCAUAUCCUGAGAUCCGUCAGAGUUAGCCCAUCACUUAGAUGGCAUGAGAGAAAUCUUAAUCUGCUGAAAAUAUCUAGUCUGCUAAAAACCGCGUUUGAUGCCUGAAUUUUGGAUAAUCAGUUUGUCACUAUUGCUUUGCUCAUCAAUCUAUCACCAUUGAUGCUGAGGAGAUGGGAUUUUCUCCUUUCUUCUAAAGACUAGGGGAUUUCCGAAGAACAACAACUGUGUGUGUGUCAUUCACUCAGUUGAGUUGAAUAUGUUUGACGAAAUUAUAGGAGAAAAACCUUGUCGGACAGUCUCUAUUUUUUUUAUAAUUCUUCAAAGUUCAUAUAAACCCGGUAAUUCGAUUUGAUUUUUUUUCACAUUUCUAUUAAUCAAAAUAUGCAUUGCGGGAUGGUUUUUCAUAAUCCAGAGUCUUAUAUCCUUGUUCAACCCAGGGAUUCAAUCUUUGACAUAUAUUAAUUUCUAUGAACUAAGAAAGGAAUUUCGGGAUGUGGCUUCAGGAUCUAUAGUUUUUAUUUGAAUUCCUCGAAGCCCACAUAAACCCAGGAAUCCAAUCUCUGACGUCUUUUGUUUCAGUGAAUGAAAGGGAAAAAAAGAAAGAAAGAAGAAUCUAAGGAUGGUAGAUAUGAAUCCGUGUAUUCUCACUACGGCAUUUUUUCACUUGUAUCAAUAAAAACAUUAAAAUUGCAGGAUGGUUUCUCUUCCGGCCAAUCUUGACUUCUUGACGUUCAACCACCGGGCCCGGGCCUUCCCCUGCGACCCAGAGCUGAAGCUUAAGAGAUAG